CUUGUGGAACAGGGCACCAGCACUCUGCAGCUUCUAGUGUCUCUAAAGUUUUAUUUUCCGUUACUUGUCUCUUUAAGUCUAAAUAAAUAUGGAAAGACAGUUAAAUUAACCUUUUUUUUUCAUGUGACAUUACUCUGGUGGAAAGAGUGAAGAAAAAAAGUAAAUAGCUAAGGGCUCCUGCCCUUCCCUCGCUUAGCUCGUCUCUAAAUCACUCUCGAUGGGAAACUGGGGCAGAAUGGCGGAUUUAUAUUCUUUCUUGAUUCACACUAGCAUCUUGUCAACAUUAUUCAUGGUUACACUGGCUGUGGACAGGGCCAUGCUGUGUGAGGAGGACAGUCUCCUGGUGGAGAUGUCCAGAGAUGUGGAAAUACCAUCGGAGUGUGUGCUGAGCUGCACCGCACAGACGUAUGGCAGAAUGCUAUUGAGGCAGGACAUACAGACUGUCCGUUUCAAAUGCUCUUACACAGGGGAUAAAGGAGAGUACUGCUGGCCCACGCGCAUCAGCUGCAGUGCAGGAGAGAGCUUGCUGCAGGCUUAUGUCAUUUUGCCCGUACACAAGUCAACUAUCAGUGGUGAAUCACCAGGACUUCAAACCACCUCGGUCACACACAAGAAUUUGCUGAGACCUCACCGAGGACAAGUACCUCUUUCUGAUGAAUGUGGCCUGUUCUAUAAUGUCAUGGACUACUUCGGGGGGACAAAGUGGGAGCCAUUUUUCUGUGUUAAGGUGGUGCCACACCACCACAUCCUGGGGGAGAGCAUGCGAUGUCCACCUUUCCUUGUGACAGUUUGGCAAAAGCAAAACCAUUCCCCAGUCAACCAUGGUGAAGGGUGACUGAGAGUUUGGAAUCUGCAUGGUCUUUGUGUUACGUAAUACCUAGUAGGACAUUUUCCUGUUCAUGUCAAAGUGACCUGUUGUAAUAUUUUACUUAACAGAGAAUUUGAAGUUCUAUGGCUAGUCGUAUUGAAUGGUUGCAGAAUGCUAGGCCUAUGUAUAGUCUGAUUAAACACCAUUUAUACAAGGAAUGUUAACUCUAACUUCUAAUAGAAAAAUCUUAAAUGUAAAAAAAGGGUUUGGACAAGAGUCUUGGACAGACCAUGGACUCAAAGACCUUUAUCAUAAUAUUCCAUUUGAGAUGGGUUGGUAAAACUUUGUUUUUUCCUAGUCAGAGUUUUACUGACUAAAUCAGACUUAGGAAGUUCUUUGAUACCUAGGAAAAUUGGAAUUGGAAAAACUGUAAAUGAAGCUGCUGAGAAUUUGUGUUACUGAUAAAUAAUUCUGUGUUCAUGUUUGAUCCAAGCAAGGAAUUUUGUGACUUCUUGUGAAAAAGUAGUGACUGAAUGUCUCUGAAUAACACUAAAAAGUAUAACCUAUUGAGGUACUAACAAGCAAACAUAAAUAAAACCAUAUCAUUUUGUACUCA